AUGACAAUGUCACCAAUUGAGCUCCCAUCGCGUGGGUUAUUCAUUAAUAACCAGAUUGUGGACAGUCUCAGCAAGUCCGCAGAGAAAUUGACUCUCUUGAACCCAGUAGACGACUCAAUCGUCGUGGACGACGUGCAAAUUGCUGCCAAGGAGGAUAUCGACCAUGCAGUUGCCAUCGCCCAAAAGGCGUUCCAGCAGGGCCCAUGGGCAACAUUCACAGGCUCUCAGCGAGCAGCAUGCCUAAACAAGCUCGCCGACCUCGUUGAGAGAGAUGCUGAACGCCUGGCGUAUGCAGAGUCACUACCCACGGGUCGUCCGAUUGCCGGAAUCAUUCACUUCGACUUGGCGCACAUGGCGCAGGUGUAUAGAUAUUAUGCUGGCUGGGCUGAUAAGAUCGCUGGUCAAUCAUUCACGGAAGACAAUGGAUUCGCCAAGAUUGUACGAUACAAGCCGUUAGGAGUGUGUGCGAGUAUCGCCUCUUGGAAUUCUACCUUCAUGUACAUUGGGUGGAAACUUGGCCCAGCCCUUGCAGCGGGAAACACGGUCAUUUUCAAGCCGUCUGAGAAGUCGCCACUUGGGACUUUGGCGCUGGCACCUCUGUAUGCGGAGGCCGGCUUCCCCCCGGGCGUUGUGCAGUUUGUGACGGGCGCUCGGGAAACGGGAGCUCUGCUAUCGUCGCACUUGGGCAUUUCAAAAAUCAGCUUCACCGGAUCCAUUGCUGGUGGAUUGGCAGUUCAAGAUGCUGCCAGUAGAAGCAAUUUGAAGCGUGUGACACUUGAGCUGGGAGGAAAGUCUGCUGCAGUAGUCUUUAGCGAUGCCGAUUUUGACAACGCGGUUGCUGGUGUCGCUGAAGGCUUUCUCGCGAAUUCAGGCCAGAUAUGCGUUGCGGCCUCACGAGUACUCGUCGAGGAGUCCAUCGCAGAGAAGUUUUUUGCUGCCAUCAAGUCCGUAUUUGAAGCGGCCUCGGCAGCGAUGGGCGGCAGCCCCCUAGAAAUGACGACGAACCAUGGCCCAGUGGUUGAUAAAUUGCAGUUUGAUCGCAUCAUGUCCUACAUCGAGAAAGGUAAAGCGUCGGCGCAACUUCUUGUGGGAGGCAAGAGGAAGGGCACGGUAGGUUGUUUCAUCGAGCCGACCAUCUUUGUCAAUCCAGAGGCAGACAGCCCGGUCUGGUGUGAGGAAAUAUUUGGGCCCGUCUUGACAGUCAAGACGUUUAAAAGCGAAGACGAAGCUGUUGCAUUGGCGAACAAUACUGCCUAUGGACUCGCUGCAUGCAUAUACACCAAGGACCUGGCUAGAGCUCUGCGAGUAUCGGUGGCCAUGGAGACAGGCGGCGUAUCCGUAAAUUCGCCAUAUCUCCCAGAACUCAACACACCAUUUGGUGGAGUGAAGCAAAGUGGCCAGGGCAGAGAGCUGGGAGCAUACGGGUUGUAUAGCUACCUGGAGCCCCAGGCUGUUCACAUCAAGUAA